AUGUCAAAAUAUAUUAUAAACGCAGAAGCAUUAUUAAAAUAUUCAAAUCCAACUAAAGGUACAAAUGGUUGGAUUCAACCAAAACUUUCAACUAGACAAAUUGAAGUUUUUAAAAAACAUGUUACUCGUAAUCUUAAAUUGGAAUGGCCUUUACCAGCAAGAGAAAAGAAAUUAAAUCCAGAAAGAACAUCCAAACUUACAGGUUGGGAAAGAAAUUUAGUUCCAAGACAAAAGAAAAUUCAAGAAUCAAUUGCAAAUAUGCCAAAACUUAUUGCAGAGAAAUUAAAAGCAUCAAUUGAAAAGAAGAAGAAAGAAUCAGAUAAUGUUUUCACUUCAUUCAUUCCAAAUUAUUUACCAUUGGGUCCAUAUGGAAAUAAUGAUACACCAAAAGUUAUGGCUUUAAGAAAGAUUGCCAAGAAAGAAAAAGAAUUAAAGAAAGAGAAAUUAAUUGCAUUGGCUUCUGCUAAAGCACCAAAAAAAAAUAAAACAAAAUAA